AUGGAGGCCGCCGGCUUAGCUUCUAGUAUACUGACGUUCCUCGACGUGUCGUACAAGAUAGCUAAGGGAACUUACGAGAUUUACGAGUCCGCGACAGGUGCUACAGCCGAAAACAUACAUGUCAGCAAUGUCAUCACCGACCUGGAAAAGGCUGUGACCAAUUUGGGAACAGUUUCCAUGUCACAGGAUGCCGAGCUAUCAAAGUUGUCAGAGAAGUGUCGGGCCUUAUCAACCGAUCUUUUGAAGCUUCUUUCAGGGCUAGAAAGGCGUGAACAGAAGGUAUUUGAGAGUUUUAAGGCCGCGAUCGCCAGCGCGCGAAAACAGAAAGAUAUUGCUUCCAUCGAGAAGAGACUGGAACAAUACCGGCAACAGAUCAUCCUCCAUGUUUCCCUCAACAUUUACCGAGAACAAUCGCCAAUCAAGAUCCAGCUUGAACGCAUACGAGAUGACAGCACUCGGUUCGAAAACGAGCACGCUGCCAAGUUGGUUGCUCUGCACUUUCAACUUUCCGAAGUGCUCGAGAUUAUGCGAAGACCCGAUUUGAGACCGUCAAUGAACAAUCAGGUUCCAGGAGACCGAGACUACAUUCAGACACACUUCCACUCUGAUGAUGAACUUCGCCGAGAUGAAGUGACCGGAGCAUCCAACACGACAACCCACGAUCCGUCCAUAAUACACCAGAUCGACAAAUUUGGACCGGUGGACGAUAAGUUGAGAGAUCUUGCGAAACUUCUCAAUGACUUCAAAUCUUGUGCCAAUGCCCUCGAAUCAGAGAACAAAACACUUGGGAUAUUGUACUUCGAUACCAUUUUCCAGAGAGAGGACAGCAUCUCCACGACUACGUCAGAUACAUUCGCAUGGAUUGUCGAGGGUUUCAUGCCAUCACAUAAUUCAAAAUCAAAUGAAACAGCUGGGUCAUAUUCUUCCGAAGAGUCUCAACCAUCUGCCUUCAUCUCUCCCCCCGGAUUGGAUGAUGAAGAAUUGUUAGAUCACGAUUACAUAGACUGGGAGAAAAUCCUACUUGCAGAGACCCAUCAUCGGAGAGCAACAUCCAGAUCACUACAUUCCUUCUUGAAAGAUGAAGGAGAGGUGUUUUUCAUAUGUGGGAAAGCAGGCAGUGGAAAGUCAACGCUUAUGAAGUUUCUUGGCCGCCAUCCCAGUGUGGGAGAAACCUUGGCAGGCUGCGCCAACGGACGAAAACUCGUCCUCGUCAACAUGUUCUUCUGGAGUUCUGGCGAUUCUUUGCAGAAAUCUCUGGAAGGGUUUUAUCGGACUAUUCUCUUUCACACCUUGAGCCAGUGCCCCGAAUUGCUCGAAAUGGUUUUCCCAAAUCCGUUCGGCAUAGGUCUAUUCACUCGUUCAGCAGCCAUGCCACUAUCUGAGCUGGAAGCGGCCUUCAGCCGACUGCAGUUGCUGAAGAAUACCACGAGCUAUCUCUUCUGCUACUUCAUUGACGGACUCGAUGAAUACGAGGGAGAUGCUCUCGACCAGAAGCGUCUUGCAGAAAUGCUAGAGACGUGGGCACGGGCAGAUAAUGUCAAGAUAAUAUGCUCCGCCCGGCCCUCCACUGUCAAUCUUGACAUCUUUGGCGCCAGCAAAACAUUCUUUGAGCUUCACCACUUGACAAAGGCCGAUAUAUACGCUUUCUCCAAAACUCGAUUUGAAGAGUAUUUGAGCAAGCCAAUUUUCGCAGAAGGCCGAGAAGCAUGUCUGGGGAUGGUUCAGACAAUAGUAGCACGCGCCGACGGCGUCUUCCUCUGGGCCAGCCUUGUCGUCAGAGCUUUGUUGAACGCGGCUCUAGAACAUGAAGACAAGUUUUCUAUUCGAAGAAGGUUGAAAGAGUGCCCUCAAAGUCUCAACCAGCUUUUCCAUCAGAUGCUUGACAGCGUUGAUCCUUCUCCUUCGCCGCUCAUGUCACCAGAGCUUCACGGAGAGCCGAAUUCGAGCAGAGCUUAA